GGCACUGGGGUGCGGCUGGGGCGGAGCGAGGGUUUCAGGGGUGAUGGUGACGAGGAGGAGGGGUGUGCGAUGGAGUGGGAUUUGGCUCGUGCAGUCGUGUGUGGGUGUGUAGUGGUGGUAUGCGAUGGUGGUUAAGUAAUGUUUGAGGGUGAGUUGAAAUCUGAUAGGUGGUUAGAGUGGAGUUCGAGCCCUAGUUUGUUUUUCGGGUCACAACCUUCGGAUCUGGUUGUAACCGUGACACCAAGAAGCGGCAGGGCUAAACAUGGUGGCCACAAGCUCCGGUGGUGCGUCCAGGUUCUCCGACGAAGCUCCGGUUAUCCGUUGUUAGGUAAACACCGUGGGAACUCGCCGGAGCGGUUCGCUGGCUCACCAGAGAUGAGAGAGAGAGAAGCAGGGACGGUACAUAAAAAUACAUAUAACGAGUUAUCGUCUUCCGAAUCAGAGGAAGGUUUCAAACAUUCAGAAAUUCACCAAAAUGAUAUUGAAAUUUGUGAUGAUCGUCUGUUAACUACUGGAUGGAGUACUUUCAUGGUCUAAUCAUAUCAACUAUUCAAUACAUGGAGCAGAUAACGGUGAACUUUACGUCGGUGGGAAUAAGUUGAUUAACAGAGGAUUCAUCGCGUAUAAGUUAGUUUAUGGGAAUCGUUUCUAGCUAGGGUUUGUUGGGUUGUUUGUAGUUAGGGUUCAGAAUGCUUGAAGUUUUAUUAUAAACUCCUUGGUGAAAGUUAUCAUCUUUUAGGUCAAGUGAAGCAAAUGAAU